AUGAACAUGACUCUGGAUCCAGAUACAGCUCAGCCCCAGCUCAUCUUGUCAGAAGAUCAGAGGAGUGUGAUGCAGGGAGCCACUAGCAGAGCCAGAGGGAUUUGA